AUGCCUAAACCUGAGGAGCCGCUUAAUGAAAUAAGUUUGAAUACGCCUGCAGGUAAACACUAUGGGUUGACAAUGGCUCUAGAUAAAUUGAGUGAAAUUAAGUCCAGCAAAGAGGAUAACAGCUCGAAAGAACAGAAUACAGCGGGAUAUGUAGCUGUUCGUUUGAGCAAGAUUUCGAUAUUAUUAAGGCAAAAAGGCGCCAAUAAGCUCGGUGCCAGAGAGUGUUUCACUGAACUUUACCGUGUAUUCACCGAGGGACACAGCACAAGCUUUAUCAAGCCUCUGGUGAAGCAGCAUCUCACAUUAAUUGUGAACUUGUUGAAUGAGAAUCAGCCCUUGGAAGCGUCGAGAGAGAUUCUCCAUCUUUAUAAUGAAACCAAUAUGGAUAGAAGUGAGACUCUGCAUGAUAUACUUUUGAAUGAUUACACUGCCUGUAAUGCAUACUACUUAUCUACUCUAAAAGUGCUUGUCAUGCAAGUGUUACUGAAAACAAAAACAUCGGACGAUUAUCAACAUACUCUGAUCCUACUCUUCUCAAUGGAUAGACGGUAUCUGCUUAAGGAUCCCAAAUUGAAGAUACAUAGUGUGGUAAAGCUUUUGUUAAACUUUUUCACUCAGUUGCCCGAAAUAAAGCUUCUUUUGGGUGUUAAAUUUUUACAAUAUAUUCAUCAGUUCAAUCUGCCGUUCGAUACCUACGUCAGAAACAUGGGCGAGGAGUCCUUCAAACAACAAUUAAGACUCUACAUUCCAAUCUCUAGUGAAGUUUGUCAGCUUCAUUUGAAGUCAUUUUACGCUUCAUAUCUUGGGACCCUUAGUGCGGAUGAAACAUCUCCAGCAAGUGAAAUUUUGGAGCUCUACUCAACGACACCAACAAGUGGUACUAGUAUACAGUCCCUUCUAGCUUUAGAUCCAUCGAGCUUGGGCACUAGCAUAUGCCACUAUAGUACAAAUGUUCCUAUCGACUUGGCACGCCAAUGUUUACAUGACACAAGAAUGUCUAAAUGUGAUGCUUUACAGCGGCUUAAAGUACUUUGGAAUUGUAUAAGAUUCAAUGGGCAGACCAACGAUAAGUCAAAGGUGCGGCUGCUGGAUGGUACCUUAUUGUUUCUGAAUUCAAGUUUACAUGACCUUCGGAAAGCAACGGCUGAUCUCUUUGACCUUUUAAUUAUUCUAAUCGAGUGCUGUUUUGAUAUAUCAGAACAUAAAAGGUUAGGCAAUGUUACAAAUAUUUUGUUUAAUGGAUAUGUGGUGCUCAGGGAGUAUAAAUUUAUUGAAAUGGCAGCUAGUGUUGAAAGUCGAAUAUUUCUCAUGGACAAUGAGCGAAAUGAAAAGAGCAUACGAAAGAUAGCUGAAAAGUUCGAAAAAUACAUCUCAAAUACUCCUGACCUAAGAAAAAAACUAGAGAUUUUUUCGAAAAUUUUCAACUUCCACUUCCUGCAAUACGACGAAUCUCUCCCCGGUCUACAAAAUAGCUGCCAUUAUAUCUAUCUUAAAUGCUAUCGAAAAUUGAAAUUGAAAUCAUUUGUUAACUUUACGUGUUGUUCAGAGGUCAUGCUCGCACUCUUUUACGCACGCUGCCCGCUUACGGCUACAAGUGACGUUAAAAUGUGGUCUCCCAUGGCAAAGAUGCUUUAUUUCUGUAUCUCAGGAAUGUUCUAUUUAGGAAGCAUCAACAUAAACCCGCCAGCAGACAAAUAUCAUAUGCUAUACAAAUACGAAGUCUUGAUAAAGACCUGCUAUUGUUUCAACCUUGAAAUGAGUAAGCAUUCCAACUCAAAUUUAUCAACCAUAACUAGAAGCUACAUUGAAAAAUGGAUCCAUAAAUGCUCUCCAAUAAAGGAAAAAAUAUCCUAUUUUGAAACUGAUUUUGUGAGGAUGCUACUUCAAUAUUUAGAGUUCAAUCAUUUCGAUAAAUUACUCAUCGAAUUAAUUGCUGCUCUCAAAGUGAAAGUAUUAUAUUUUUCGCCGCUGAUCACUGAAAUUGGUAGUUAUGAAAUAAAUGCAUACACUUCCUUACAAUUGUCAGAAAGAAUAGCCUCAAUGAAAAAUGAUCCGAUACUCCAUUUAGAACUUACAACGAUAAGUCUGGAAACCCUAAUACAUCAUGUCGGAACUCGAAUUGGCUUAUUUUCUUGGGAAAACGACUCCGAUAGUUUUGAGAAGAUGUUUACGGCAACUCUACCGAAAGUGAGAGGGGAAAUUUUUGAUAUCGACAACAAGCAACAAGUUCCAGUCUCCACCUAUGUCAAAAUUUUAUUACUUAAUGUGAAAAUAUUAAUCACAGCAUCAAAAUUUCACAUGAAAAGGAACGAUAUGGUGGCGGCAGUAACUGAAUCCAAGAAAGCCUUGAAGUUGUCUAUCUCCUUACUCAAAAAGAUAGACAAAAUUUCACAGGGAUCAAGAUUGAAACUAAUUCAGUGCUUAGCGCAAUCCUUUAUGCAUUUGAUUAAGCUUUAUAUUCAUGUGGGUAUCUCGCGUGACUGUGAAUUUUACAUCAAGGAACUCUCUAGAGUAAUCUGUGAACUGGGGGAACCAUCGGUAGUUUUUCAUUGCCUGACUUUCUUGUACAAAUAUUACGACAUGACAGGACAAGAAAAUCUAAAGUUAGCUGCUCUAAAAAAAAGUAACAAAACUUUUGAUUUUAUUGAUGGGCAUUCGAAUAUUUUAGCACUGACCACUUUCUUUUUCAUAAACAAGGAGCCAAAUAAAAUUUUUGAAUCAUUGAAGUUGUUUUUUGGCAACACAAUUGAGGAAACAUUCUUUCCCUACUAUUGGCGGCUCAAAUUGGGGCAAGACAUUGAAGACCAAAAAUGUCCUGACUGCUUUAAAGAAAUCAAUACUAUCAAUAAAAUCAAUAAUCAAUAUCGCAAAAUCUUGAAAAGCAUGGAAAAAGAUCCUUUUUUCAAAAAUGUUUUUGAGUCGCUGUUAGCAAUACCAUCUUGCCAACUGCCUGGUUCUGUUGCAGUGCCUGACUUGUCCGGAAAUCCUGAAUAUGCCACACCAUGCAAGAAUCAGACUAAUAACAUUAUAUCUCCAACUUCGAGAUCAUCGAAUAUGACCCCACGAGGAAAAAAUUUGAAACAGAAGUUCGAUAGAACGGCAGCUGUGAGUAAUUUAGUGAGAUUGAAAAAGGCCAUUGAGAGCGUCAAAAUUGGAUUUUUGAAAAAUGAGGAUUUAACAAGAGUAUCAUCUCUGUACUCAUUAACACUCUCGUUAUUAUCCAAUAUUGGAACUUUCAUACUAUCAAAAAAUGAUCUACUAGAACAAUUUGCUCUUUCAGAGCUUCCGAAAAGUCUGCCAAUGUAUUACGAUAAGAAAUUGAACGUUAUCUCGAACGAUAUCUAUGAUGAAUUUACCUUAUUGCCUUUGAAUGAGUAUUCAGACCCCGUUUCUACCGAAAAACAAAAAUUGAUUAGAGCUCAAAAAGCUAUUGCCAGUAAUGAGACUCCAUUCAAUAUCAUAUCUUUGGAUAUUUGUCCUGUGACGGAAAAUUUGCUACUCUCAAGGACUGAUUCGAUAACAAAUAAAAAAAUUCAUGUAAGAAUACCUUUGGAUAGGGUAUAUACUAGAGAUUUGGACUCUAUGAACCUGACAUUUUCAGCAGCGAAAGAUGAGUUGUCAAACAUUAUAGAAGAAAGUAAUAAAACUACCUCUUUGGAAGUGACCAGCUCCAUCAACAGCAAAGAGGAGAGAAAAAGAUGGUGGCAAAUGCGCCAUAAUUUGGAUAUCAGACUAGAGGAGCUACUAUCGAAAAUACAAACUUUUUGGUUCAGUAGUUUCAAAGCCUUUUUUAGUCCGGAAGUAAUUGAUCAAUCGGCUAUAGAAGCAUUCAAACUAAAUUUCAACCAUAUAUUACAUCAGAACUUACCAAGUAGAAAGCAGCAAGGGAACUCGGAAUCGUUUUUACAAAUAGACGACUGGAUUAUUGAGUGGAUCAUGAAAUUAGAUCCUCAGGAUGUAAAUUUCGUUUCUAUGGUUGAGGAUUUAAUGUAUUUUAUUCUUGAUAUCCUAUUAUUUCAUGGAGAAGAAAAUGCUUACGACGAAAUUGAUUUUAGCGUUAUUCACAUUAAAAUCGAAGAGCAAAUAAGAAAAUUUCAGUCGCAUGUGGCCAAUUCAACUAGAUUCCAGCACACUUUUCUUAUUGUUAGUGGAUCGUUACACAUGUUUCCAUGGGAGUGCUUACCAUUCUUCAAAUAUCUCUCGAUCACUAGAAUUCCUUCGUACGGUUGUCUGGAUGAUCUACUAAGGGAAAGUGACCAUAGAGUUUUUUUACCGAUUUCAUUACAAAGCAGGAUUUCAAUGAUACUCAAUCCCCAUGGGGAUUUAAGUAAAACUGAAUCAAGGUUUGCAGGCAAGUUUAGACAAAUUGCCACGUCUAUUCCUAAUUCAAAAGUAAUAAUUAAUGAAAAACCGACGGAGGAACUAUUCCUUCAAAGUUUGGAAGACUCUAAUCUGUUCAUUUAUUUGGGACAUGGUGGUGGAGAACAAUAUGCUCGCCUUAAAGAAAUAAAGCGACUCGAUUCAAUCGCACCUAGUUUUCUUUUAGGGUGUUCUUCGGCUUUUAUGAGUAGUUAUGGUAAACUUGAGCCAACAGGGACAAUAUACGCAUAUUUGCUGGCUGGAUGCCCUCUGGUCUUGGGAAAUCUUUGGGAUGUAACUGAUAAAGACAUAGAUAAAUUCAGCGAAAGCGUAUUCGAGAAAAUAGGUCUUAUGGAGAAAGAUCUUGAGAGCGCUGAGACCCUUGAACAAGGCUAUACGAUUUCAAGCGCAAUUGCACAAUCAAGAGAGGUUUGCUUUUUGAAAUAUCUGAACGGAGCUGCACCUGUAGCUUAUGGGCUACCAAUAAAAUUUGCAUAA